AUGCUUUACUUUCAGCUGGUGAUCAUGGCAGGGACUGUCAUGCUGGCUUACUACUUUGAGUACACCGAUACUUUCAACGUGCACGUCCAGGGAUUUUUCUGUCAUGAUAAUGCCUAUACGAAGCCCUAUCUGGGACCAGAGGAGUCCAGUGCGAUCCCACCGGCUAUCCUUUACGCGGUGGUCGCAGGGGUCCCGGCACUUGUGAUUACAGUGACAGAGUCCGUGCUCUUCUUGCUGCAGUAUGUGUCUGAGGAUCUAGACAACCGAGAGAAGAUCAUUGUGAUGGGCGACUGUUGUUACCUCAACCCUCUGGUCAGAAGGACGUUUCGCUUUCUUGGUGUGUAUGCAUUUGGCCUGUUUGCCACAGACAUCUUUGUAAAUGCCGGGCAGGUGGUGACAGGAAAUCUUUCUCCAUACUUCCUGACGGUGUGCAAACCCAACUACACAGCACUGGGGUGCCAACAGGUGGUGCGUUUCAUCAACCAACAGGACGCUUGCACUGGCAACGAAGAUGAUAUCUUACAUGCUCGCAAAUCCUUCCCAUCCAAAGAGGCGGCCAUCAGUGUUUAUGCAGCUCUUUAUGUUGCAAUGUACAUCACUUGCUCGGUGAAGGCCAAAGGGACACGGCUGGCCAAGCCGGUGCUCUCUCUGGGGCUCAUGUGUCUGGCCUUCCUAACUGGGAUUAAUCGAGUGGUGGAGUAUCGAAACCACUGGGCUGAUGUCAUCGCUGGCUUCAUCAUCGGAGGAGCCAUUGCUGUCUUUAUGGUGGUGUGUGUGGUGAAGAAUUUCAAAGGGAAGCCCUUACUGAGUGAGAUCCCACCAGAGGAGAGUGUAUCCAGCGGUCCCAUGAUCACUCAACCCAGAUUGGACCACACUAUGGAGAAAUACAUAGCCUCCCAGAAUCCGAUCACCUAUGCUGAGAUCACAUGA